AGCGGCGUAGCCGCGGGUGUUCGGUCAGCUUCUCUCCACUAUCAGCCCAGCGGAGCGACGUACGCAAACAUGGUGGCUUUCAAGGCAGCCCUCAUCCUCUGUGCGCUCGUCCUUCCGGCCUACGCCCAGACCGCAGGGGCCGAGCCUCCGCGCCCGGAAAUCAACUGGGGAAAAUGCCCCCAGCUGCAGCCAUCGAAGGAGGAAAGACAACAGAAGGCCCUAGUCAUUGACACUUGCCUCGAGAAGGUGCCCCUCCCCGACGUCGAGCACGCCAACGAGACCGUGAUCCAGCAGCACCGUGAGGAUGUCACCACCUGCGCUCUCCACAGCGAAGGAUGGUUCAACAAGAACGGCCAGUACCGCUUCGACCGUGCCAGGACCGAGAUCUUGAACAAGAAGCUGGCCGCCGAUGUGGAGCCCAAGGUGCUCGCCAAGCACGACGAGUGCAAGAAGGAGGCUGAGGAGAAGUUCGCCCACCAGUUUGUUGCUCAGGUGCAGCUGUACCAGGCUUGCAUGGAUUACCACAUCUCCCAGAUCUGUGGCAUCCAGAUCCAGGGCGGGCCCCAGGCUGGUGCGCCAGCCCAUGGUUAAGUCUCGCGCCGAGCCCCCGACUGACUCUGAGUUCUCAAAGCAACGUUGUGAUCUAAAUCAGCCCCGUGAAUCGUCAGCCUGGGCUCUUCAGUCAUUUCCUCGUUUCUGCCGACUUCCUGCUGAACCGCGACGCACCUCUGGCUUUUCUGUUUGUCUCACUUCGGACGCCGGCUUCCUUCUUCCUACUCGGCGUCACAACCAAAGGGGAAAUGCCACUCUGGAAUAAAACAAGCCCAUACGGACAAAGGAAGAGCGACAGUACACUAUCCCGGAAAGAAAAAUAGCGAAAGCCUGUAAGCUCAACAGUCGUCAAUAAAGAAGCCAUUCAUUUCCCCA